CUAGAAAUGCUGCGUUCAUUGUCAGUCAAAUAUUCUCCCUUGCUGACAAGGAUUCGCUCCAGAGGUCGGGCACUCUCAACCCAACCUGCCUCUUCUUCAUUAGGUUGUCUCCCCACGACGGAUUCACCGGUCGUGUCGAAGCUCGCAUUCUUCAAUUCUGUAACUGGCGACGGCGGCAAGAUACCGAGCUAUAGAGUCCUUGAUGGGUCUGGUAUUCCAAUAGAAGGUGCUGAGGUGCCCGAGGUAUGUAUCAGCGAACAGUUCGCGCGACGAUUAUAUGAGAAUAUGCAGUUGCUUCCGACGCUGGAUAAUAUACUUUACAAUGUCCAACGCCAAGGCAAAAUAUCCUUCUAUAUGACUUCUUAUGGAGAAGAGGCUGCUGUGAUCGGUUCUGCUGCUGCACUGGCUGAUGACGACGAAGUAUUAGCACAGUACCGUGAAGUUGGGGUGCUCUUGUGGCGUGGCUUCACUCUUGAUCGUGUCAUGGCCCAGUGUUUCGGAAACCACGAAGAUUCUGGCAAAGGCCGCCAGAUGCCCGUGCAUUUCGGCUCCACACAGCAUCAUUUCCACCAGAUAUCAUCCCCACUCGCAACUCAAAUACCACAAGCUGCUGGGGUCGGCUAUGCACUGAAACGUGACCCAGAGAGACGCUCCAAAAAUGUAGCCUGCGUAUUUUUUGGAGAAGGGGCAGCGUCUGAGGGGGACUUCCACGCUGGAAUGCUCCUUGCUUCCACGCUGCCUUCACCAACAUUGUUCCUAGCACGUAACAAUGGUUUUGCUAUCAGCACCCCAAGCUCGCAACAAUAUUAUGGCGAUUCUCUGAGCGCAAGAGGCCCAGGUUAUGGUGUCGAUACCAUUCGUGUAGAUGGAAACGACGUGCUUGCGGUAAUGAACGCUGUUAAGGAAGGGCGAAGGCGAUGCUUAGAAGGUGGUCGGGGAGUCCUGGUCGAGAUAAUGACUUACAGAGUUGGCCAUCACUCGACGUCAGACGACUCGUUUGCGUAUAGGGGACGCCAGGAAGUCGAGAACAGAAAGAAGAUUGACAACCCCAUCACGCGUUUCCGCCUAUUCAUGGAAUCCCGGGGGUGGUGGAACGGGACAGAAGAGGAAGAGCUCAAGUCUCGUUUGAAACAGGAUGUGCUCGCAGCGUUCAAGCGCGCGGAGACUCUUAAGAAGCCUGACCUGACAGAGUUGUUCAGUGAUGUAUACGCAGAAGAGCCUUGGAAUAUAAGGGAACAGCGGGAGGAGUUGGCGGGACUGCUCCAGAAAUAUGGACAAGUGUGGGAACCAUGGCGGAAUGAGCUUAAGAUCUUCAAGGAUGAAGGGAAGAAGCUGUCGGAUUGAUGAUUCCUUUGAUACCCGUCUCACAACCGUCAUUCGGUUGAUCAAUGCAUUGUUCCAGGAUAAUCAUUCCCUCACGUAUGGAACUAUGUAAACAUUGUAAUUUCAGUCGACAGAAUCAAUUAGAUCUGGCACGAAUUU